UGCUUCUUAGUAGUUUUAAUUUUUUUAUAUACAAUAAAAUAAAAAAAUGGCACAAUUACGUCCACUAAGUGAAGAACUACAAAAAGCUGCUAUUGAGCAAUUAAAUGAAGUGCCAGAACGUAUACCCAGUGAUCUGGAAGCAUUGAAAACCUGGAUAAAACAACAACCAUAUUUAAAUAUCCGCACAGAUGAUCAAUUUCUGAUAGCCUUCUUACGUGGUUGCAAAUAUAGUUUGGAGAAAGCCAAAGCUAAAAUUGAUAAGUUCUAUACAUUGCGUACGAAAUAUCCGGAUCUAUUUCAAUGCAGCGAUGUAGAUAAUCCACGCUUCCGUGAAAUAUUAAGGCUUGGAGUUAUGAACUAUUUGCCGAAACCAACUCCUGAUGGACAAGCAAUUGUUAUAAUGCGUUCAGGUGUUUAUGAUGCUAAUGACUAUACCAUUGAAGAGAUAUUCAAAACUGCUCAAAACGUAGCACAAAUUACACUUAUGGAAAAUGAUAAUGCCAAUAUUAAUGGAGUUAUAGCUAUUAUAGACCUAAGCAAAGCAACAGCUGCUCACUUUGUUCAAAUGUCACCAGGUUUAAUGAAGAAAAUGACUGUAUUCUCUGAAGAAGCUGUACCUUUGCGUCCAAAAGCUAAUCACUUUUUUAAUACUCCAAGCUUUUUUGAGCCACUAUUUAAUAUGAUGAAACCUAUGCUCUCCAAAAAACAACAAAAUCGGCUUUUUGUACAUGGUAAUAAUUUAGAAUCAUUGUACGCCUCGGUUCCGAAAGAGUCCUUGCCAAAGGAUUAUGGUGGUGAAUCCGAUUCAAUUGAGGAAAUAACAGCUUAUUGGGAUAAAAAAAUGGAUGAAUAUCGUGAUUAUUUUAAGGAGGAAAUAAACUAUGGCACUAAUGAAAAACUGAGGCCCGGAAAGCCAAUCGAUUUCGACAAUCUCUUUGGAAUGGAAGGAUCAUUUAGAAAACUCAAUGUAGACUAACAAAACAAAUUUCAUUUGUUCUUAUAACAUAUACUCAAUAUAAUUUUGUACGUGGGAGAAUUGUAUAUCUAA